CUGUCAUUCUCCAGUACCUUCCUCCUGCCUAUGUUUUAACAUUUACUCCAUGUUUUGGUGUAAAAUCCUCAGUCUGACCAGUUCUCAGUCAGUACACUUCUCUCCUGUUAGGCCGUGUAGAAGGAAACUGUUGGUGCAGUUGUUGAUCAGAUUGAUAGUGUUUUACUGAACACUACAGGAUGGACUCCAUCUCUCAGAGCCUGCAAGAUGAGAUCUCAGAGCUGCUGAAGCCCCACAGAGUCUGUCUGGUGACGCCUGUUGUUCUGAACGACUCCACUCAGACAUGUGGGAGAUCGUCCGGCUGGUUUGUGGUGCUGAGUCUGUGGAGAGGUUACCUGGUCAUGAACAAGCAGCCUGUCAGGGUGGAGAGCACUUUCAGCUACAUAGAGAUUCGCUCCAUCAACAUUCACAGUGUCACAGAGAUUGUGUUGGAGACAGACAGGCAGACUUUGUCUUUCAGCGUAUUGCAGGUUGAAGAUCUUGAGACCAUGGUCGCUCACAUGACCGCUUCACUGAAGAGGGUCUUCCCUAAUUCAUCUCCAGGAAAGUUAUUAAAGACGGUUCCUGCAGAUCUCCAGCAGAGACUCAUCACACUGACUGCUGUGAUAGAGGAGCAGAUGAACAGUCAGCCUGGCUGCUGUGGAGGAUUCUCUGAUACCUAUGCUGCUUUAUGUGAUUUCAAUGAGAUGCCAUUUAGAGAGGAGAUUCAGUGGGAUGUUGACAACAUCUACUACACCCACAACUGUAGAGAGUUCAACCUGCAAGACUUCAGCCACUUAGACAGCAGAGAUUUGGCGUUAGCAGUAGCAUCUCUGUCCUUCAACCACUGGUUUACCAAGAUCUACUGCAAAGAGCUCAAAAUGUCAGUAGAUGUCCAGCAGCAGCUGAUUUUCCUGCUCUCCAGGUCUCCCAGUGUGGAGGAGCUCUCACUGGAGGCCAGUGGACUCAAAUUUGACUUUGCAGUCAAGAUGGCCGCCGCCCUGCAUGAGGAGGCCUGCUCUAGCCUGCAUUCCAUCAACCUCUCGGGCAAUCCAAUCAAAGACAAAGGUGUAAUAGCUCUCAGUCAGGAGCUGGGGAAUCUACCUAAAGGACUCAAGCACCUUUCUCUGUCCAGAGUAUCAAUGACUGCAAGAGGUGUGGGCUGUCUGAGUCAGCUCUUAUGCUCCAGUCAGCUGUUCUCCACCUCUCUGACCCACCUCGAUCUGUCUGCUAACCCCAGCGGCCUGGAUACUGAGGAGGCCAUGUUUCUCUUCAGGUUCUUGUCCGGCCCUAAUUCUCUGUGUCACCUGGACCUCAGUGAUACCAGCUGUCCCCUGGAUACGUUAUUUGUGUCGCUCUCCUCUGGCUGUUGUGAAAAACUGGUGCACCUGAACCUUGCCAGGAAUCCUUUCAGCCACAGGUCAGCUCCAUUGUUCCACUUCUGUUCUGUCAGUGCUCUUCACGCAACUAUGAACCUGACAUCCUCUCUGCGUCAUUCAUUCAUCUCCUGUUUUGAAAAUGACAUGGUGACUCUGGUCCUGUCUCUCGGUCGUUGUCGCUCUCUUCAACGUCUCGCACUGGGGGGAAACUUUGCCAUGAAGUCCAGAGCUCUCACUGAUGUUCUUCAUCGAAUAGCUCAGCUCAUUCAGGAUGAAGAGUGUCCCUUGCAGUCUCUAUCAGUGUGUGACUCUAAGCUGAAGACAGGGAUGCACAUCCUGCUGAGCGCUCUGGGAGGCCCCACAGCUUUGGCCGAACUGGACAUCAGUGGAAACAACAUCGGAGACACUGGAGCCAAAAUGCUCGCUAAAGCCCUGAUAAAUAACACUAGACUAAGGAACUUCACUCUGCAGCAGGUGUCUCUGCCGCUGGCUGAUAUCACACAGAGUUACCGCAGUGACCCUGACAGAACAAGAGAGGCCCUGCACAAGAUUCAGCAGUGUUUGGACAGAAACACUCAGAGACAGUUUGACAGAGUGGAACUUCAGCGAGUGUUUGAAUCUCAACAAUCUGAAAAGCAGCUGGAGGAGAGUUUUCAACGGUUAAACCCCUACAGCAUUCAGGAGGCCCAGGCUCACAUCCUGACAGCCAAGGAGGUGCUGUGCAAUGCCAGGGAGUCGUGGAAGGUGCUUCCCUCUCUGUAUGAGGCAGGCAGGACGUGUGCCUCUCAUGGAGACUUUGUGAACAGCAUCCUCACUAACACCGCUGCUGCACUGACCAAGGAGUUCACUCGAAGCAUUCAGGAAAUGGCUCAACACCUGAUGAGGUGCACUGGGGCAGUGUGUCCGCGUGUAAUCCAGCGGGCAAGUGUUUGUGAGUGUCUAUCAGAGUGUGGGUCCAAAAGAAGCACACUGACACACACAUUUCUGAGAAGCACUCUGGUGGAGAAAACAGGGAAGAUCAUCAUCGACAAACUGAGUGAACUAAGACAAACAUUGAGUGUCUCUUUGGCUGAAAGCAUCAUAGAACAAGUGCUAAAGGAUCUGACAGUAGCAGAGGACAACAUGGAUUGUCUAAUAAAAGAACACUCCUGCAGUGCCCUUCGACACAACAUCCCAGAGCUCCUUCUGAGUGAAAGUGACUUUCCAACUGAUGAUUACAGUCCAGCAUUUUGGAGAAAUAACAUCAACUCCAAGAGCCUGAGGCCUGCCUCUUCAAUAAAGAGUCUCCUGGAUGCAGACUGGGAGCAGCAGACCAGGAACAGAGCAGUGGUGGAUGCUGCAGCAGCAAUAUCAGGAGCGAGAGGAGCAUCGCUCAUUCCUCCUCCCAGUCUCCCCCUCCUGUACUCCAUCUCCACUCCAGCACCAGAGGAGGAGGCUGCCGGCCGCGGAGGCUCACCCACACGAGAACCUCCUUUCUCCCGCUGCGGCCGAAGCUCGGGAUCCCCUGCUUCUCCCAUGGAGCCUCUACCCACCCAGGGACAGACUCUAAGGCACUACACCGCCUCCCGACCGCGGCCACGACGCACACAUACACAACCCCCCUCCUCCAGGCCUCAGGAGCCUGUUUUAAAAGUAGAGAAUGAGGCCAGUGAGGGGAUGGGCCGAGUGGAUGAAGGAGUAGAGGAGUUCUUCACAAAGAAAAUCCUCCCUGACUAUGCACUAAAAGGCCGAUGGGAGGAGUCAAACCCUGCCCAAGCCACUCCCCCAGAAUCAAGUUCCACCCCCUCUGCUUCAACCCCCCUUUCCUCUUCGUCUGAGAAUAUCACCCCCUACCACUUACCACCUACCACCACCACUGUCACCUCUCCCUCUGUCCCAUUUACUGACACAUCCUUUACUUCCACUGAUGUUCCACCCCUCUCUACAUCCUCCACUACCCCCACACCCUCUUCUGUAACCACCACCACCACUACCACUGCAAUUCCUUCCAAAAACAUCAAGAAAAAGUUUGGCGACUUCUUCGCUUUCAAGAGGGCUCGGGCUGGCCGAGUCACCAAGGCAGGAGGGGGAGAGGGAGGAGGAGAGGGGGUGAAGGUCAAAAGGACCUCCAUUGCAGACCUUAUUCGACCCCUCCGCGAGGCCAAAGAAAGGGAGAGAGAGAGGGAGAGGGACAAGGAGAGAGAAAAGGAGAGAGGGGCAAGGUCAGGGGAGGAUGCUAACAUUUCUAAUGAUGCCGCCACCACAGAAGGAACCGUUGCCACCAGCCACCAUUUUGUAGGAGAUGCAAGGGAAGUGAUGGCACCUGCCAAUACAUUAACCACGCCUCCCAGUGAGACCACUCCUCCUUUCCCCACCAUCGGCCCUGACUCCACUGCUGCUACGCUUUCCAACCUGGAAGAAGAAGCGGUGUUGUCAGGUUGCACCACCAGCCAGAUCACAUCCCCCUUAACUGAGCAGGAGAGAAGCAGUGUGCCAACGAGGGAGAUGAAGUUGGGAGGGACCCCAUAUGGAGAGAGGAGACUGAAGGCCACCAAGAGGUCACUGAGAGAGGGCAAGAGCCAGAGUCUCAUCCUGCUGACCGGACUGGAGCCUGAAGACAAGGAUAACACACACAGUAAGAAACAUGCGUCUGAGAGCACCUCCAGCUUCGAGCAGAGACUUCAAGUGAUGCUGCACAGAAUGGGAGUGGCCAAGACGACUUCUACUGACACCAAGAGUAACAAAGACGAGGAGCUGAGAAAGGCCAACUCUGAAGGUGCUAUCCUGGACAAACCUGAACCACCUCCCACAUACAUGAAACCCAGAACCAUGUCCACAUCAUCAGCAGACCCUAGGCAUCUUAAUAGAGUGCUGGACCCCAUCCGACCAGACCCUCCCCUUCACCCAAAGCCCAACCUCCUAGAGCGCCCCAUUGGCCCCCUGCCACCCAAACCUGCCAUCGCAGCCAAACCUCCCCUCCCCAUGCCGACUGCCCCUGCAGGGGGAGGAGCUCGCCCAUCUUCUGCUCCUCCAUCCAGCAGGCCAGGCGAGAGUGGAGUACAGAAUGGAGGCCAGGACAGUCCCCAGAGUGCAGCCUCAGCUCCGUCCCCCAGGAAAGAGCAGCUUCCUCCAUCCCCAUCUCCAUGGAGGGGUCCCAGUGCACAGGAUCGCUCUGAGAAAGCCCAAUCAGUGACAGAUGAGACUCUUCCCAAGCCACGCCAACAUGUGAAGUCCCUUCCACAACGUAGAGCUGUGUCCGUCCAUGAAGACACUCUGGCCAUGACACAAGAGCUGAAGGCAGUGUUACAGAGGUCACCCAUCCGUUUCCGGGGAAACAGAGGGGACUUACCCACCUGCACUGAAGAUCCAUCCAGUGCAGAGGGAGCACAAAGAGCUCAGGAAGCCAGUGACUCAGGAAAAGAGUCAGCUGGAGACAAAAAGGUCCAGAAGGAGGAGCUGAAGUCACAGAAAGUUGGCGGGACGAUAGCUGAAGCAAAGAGCCCCCCUCCAGGAGAGGAAGAAGCCCCAGGCUCAGGGUGCCCCUCCUCCACAGCUCAGAUUCAACAAAGAGUAUCAGCAUCUCGACUCUUCACUCCAGCGGCAGCCCUCAACAAAGCUUCGUCCACCCAGGAGAGGGCUCCAGCACGAACCCCAACGCUGGAAAAGCCUCCUGUAACCUCCACAUCCCAGAAAAAGAGCCCCAGCACAGUCCCAGCGUUGGUCCCAACUCUCGACAAACUGCUUGUGUCCCUACCACUCCAAGACAAGACCUACAGCACAACCCCAGCUGCAUCUGAAUCCCCAGAAAAUCCCAAUGUGAGUUCUGUGUCCCACAAGAAGAAGAGCCCCAGCACAGCACCAGCCACAAUGGAUCUGGAAAACAGCACAGAGGAGAGAAGAGAGGCGCUCUUUAAACAGCACACAAUGAAGGCAGAGCCCGCAGACCAAAGAACUGAGUCCCCUCUGUCUGAAUAACACACACACAGUGACUUACCUUAGGAGAAAAGACACACCUGGGAGAUGGAGGGAGGAGGGGUCUGUGACAUCACUGAGAUCAGGAACUGGGAGGGUACAUGAGUUCUGAGAGAAACCCCCUGUGGACAAAAGCUGCUGGGUCCCCACAUCAUUAGUGUUCUUCUGAGAACUAGGUAUUAUUUAGUAAACAUGGUUGGUGCUUGUUUUAAUGCUAGCUCACAGCUAACAUCUCUGCAGCUGUUUUACUCUGACUUGAGUUAAAAUUGGUCAAAUCCAAUGAAAUCAUGGCUACUGUUUUUUUUUUAGGCUUCCAGAUUCACAUGAUUUUGGCAGCUAGGUUUUAUUUUCUGGUUUGUGCUUAUUUACCCCAACAGCAAAUAUAUAGAUGUUAGCUGUAGCUAGUCAGCAAGACUCACCAAUUGUGCGACUGAGUGUGUUUGUGUGUGAUGAUCUCAAUAAGGGACUUUGUUCUGUUUUUUGCUCCAGACUCAUGAUUUUUCAUAUCUUCUUACACUGAUGAAAUGACAUGGAGUCAUAAAUUGUUCUAUUGUACACUCUCCACAAAGAGAUGACACAUUUAGCAACACAUUUAGUUCGUGUAGUUCAUCAACAUGUUAGGUUUCAACACAAAUACACAAAAAUCACCUGCCUAUAUAAAUGUGACCAUUAUGAUAUAAUAACAGGUUUUAUAGGUUCAUGAAACCUUCUUAUCUUCUUUUACUUCCAGGUUUGUCUUCAGUCCACAAUGACAUAUUUUAUUUUGACUUACAUCCGAGUGAUUAAUUGACAAUUGGACCUGUUAAGCUAAUUUAAAUUUUGUUAAACGUUGAAAUCUUAAUGAGUCAAAAAAUAUUGAUUGAAUGGUGUUCUCUCUCUCAAUGCUCUGUUUCUUUUUUGUCAUUGUCCUGAUAUUCAGGUUGAUGCUGUUUAGGAGGUGUGAUCUGAUUUGUAACAUGUCAAAUAUGUUCAUUAAGCUACUUUCUAUUGUUACUUAGGUCCUGCAGUGUAUAUCACAGUCUCUAACAACUUCCAUUCUGACAGGCAGGAGAUAAAAAUUCUGUCCUGCUGUCAUACAGACAUAUUACUCUCUCCUGAGGUUGCUCCAUUUAACACUAGAUAAAAAAAACUUUGCACUAUACCAUACACACACUGAGCGGCAUGAAUGGAAUUACAGUACCAAACCCAUAGUUACAUUUAUUUUUCAUUAUCUUUAAAUAAACAUCUAUGGGAUUUAUGGAUAUAAACACACUGCUGAGGGAGAUGAGCUAGAGUUACAUACGAAGGAGUUCAGUUUUCAGGUACACAAACUUUGGAACUGUUGAGAGCUCUGGUGAGAGGAAUUAGCCACUGUUUUUUUAUGUUUUUGCCCUUAUAGACGCUGCAUGGUAUAUCGAAAAUACAAUCACUGCAGGACCUCAGCAGUUUACAGGAACAGUUCUCCGUUGCUUGUUUGACUUGAUCAGUCAUUUAGACCAUCAUGAAUCUGAUUUGAAAUCCAAUUUCAUUAUGUACUAGAGCGUCCGACUGAUAAAUACAAGGUUGUUAAACACCAACAGCCUGUUUUUAAGGAAAUGCCCAAAGUUUCAUUGCUUUUAUUUCAGUAAUUUACAGCAGUUUAAAUAACAGUCAUCACGUUUGUCAUCAUAUCUGUUUGAGCAGGGGAAACUUCAUAUCAGAAGCACAGCACAAAAAAUUCCUCUACACUACUUAUUGAAGGCUACAUUAUGCCAUCCAGGUUUUAGAAAUAUUCCAGUUUCUUUAUUUGGCUUGUUAAGGUGUUUUCAUAUUAAGCCUUAGCAUCUUCAGAUGAACAAAUGGAACGCUCUGUCUGAUUCAGUCACUGUCACACAUUAGGUUCAAGUUAGGUUCACUCAUUCCAUUACACAACUAUUAGUAUGUCCAUCAUAUCACAGGAAGGAGCAUAUAAGUAUGAUCAGAUGUGGUGUAAGAUUAGAAUCAGUGUGUUCAGUCUAUGGAAGUUUCAGGGUGGUUGUGGAGAAUGGUGCGUGUUUAGUGACAGCAGACCUCAGUUCUGCUCCUGAUGUUGUCAGCGACCUGAGCCUCCGUCUCAUCCUGGGGUAGAGUUUAUUUUCUACUGUCAUGUUUAUCUUUGCCUUGCACGCACAGGAUAUGUACAAAACUACAUAAGCAAACAAAACAAAGUUAUGAACAGAGUGUAAAUCCAUACCUAUACUUAUAAUUAUUAAAAGUUGAUUGA